GGUGAGAGUGUGCGGAGAGAGCAUUGGGAGCGGACGUACGAGUGUUUUUCUUUCAUUCAGAAGGACAUCGUGAUCUGGAAGAACUUAAGUGGGAAGAACUUAAGAUCCAGCUCACGUCAAGCACCUUUAAGACACAUCUACUUCAGUUGGAGUGUUUUGUUUAUCUGGAGGCCAAGUCCGGUGCUUGACGAUUUAGGCAUGAAUUACUCACGAUUCAUUACUGCAGUCAGUGCUGCAAGAACACCAUCUCCGAUAAGGCUUCUCACUGAAUUGAUGCAGAGGUCUCCUCCGUCGCUGAUUUCUCUGGCUGGAGGGGCACCAAACCCCAAUACUUUCCCCUUCAAAACUGCUAGCAUUACCAUUGGAGAUGGAACAACGGUUGAAAUUGGGGGAGACUUGAUGAAGAGAGCUCUCCAGUAUUCAGCCUCUGCGGGCAUUCCAGAGCUAUUGUCCUGGCUGAAGGAUUUGCAGAAGAGUCUUCACAACCCUCCAACUGUUGAGUAUCAGCCUGAAAAGGGGCAAAUGGAGUUGUGUGUCACCACCGGCAGUCAAGAAGGGUUGAGUAAAAUAUUUGAAAUGCUGAUUAAUCCUGGAGACACGGUUCUUUUAGAUGCGCCCACCUAUCCCGGGACCCUGGCAGCUGUGAGACCCCUCUCAGUUAAGUUCUUGUGAACGACUGGGGUUGCAGCGCUCAUUGUCAAUGUUCCUAGUGACCAACAUGGCAUUAUUCCAAAAGCCCUGAAAGAAGUUCUUUCCAGGUGGAGUCCAGAAGAUGCCAAGAAACCUAACAGGAGCCUCCCCAAAUUUCUCUACACAAUUCCUAACGGUGGCAAUCCUACUGGAGCCUCACUGACGACAGACCGCAAAAAAGAUAUCUAUCAGCUUGCAAGACAAUAUGAUUUCCUCAUAAUAGAAGAUGAUCCAUAUUACUUCCUUCAGUUUGAUAAGCCUUGGGCUCCAACAUUUCUUUCCAUGGAUAUUGAUGGUCGAGUUAUCAGGACGGACUCUUUCUCUAAGAUCCUCUCAUCUGGACUAAGGAUAGGGUUUCUAACUGGUCCCAAGCCUCUCAUCGACAGAGUUAUUCUGCAUAUUCAGGUUUCCACAAUGCACACCAGUACUUUCACACAGCUUAUGAUAGCCCAGCUUCUUCAACAAUGGGGGCAAAAAGGUUUCCUGGACCACGUAGAUGGUGUAGUGGACUUUUACAAGAAGCAGCGGGAUGUGAUGCUUGUGGCAGCAGAUAAGUGGCUAAAAGGCCUAGCAGACUGGCAUUCACCUGCAGCGGGAAUGUUUCUAUGGAUGAAAAUCAAGGGAGUUUCUGAUACACAAGAGCUGAUCAUGAAGAAAGCUUUGGAGAAACAAGUGCUGCUGGUUCCUGGAAGAGCGUUUAACAUUAACAGCUCCGAUCCCAGCUCUUACGUCAGAGCUUCCUUCUCGCUGUCUUCUCCGAGCCAGAUUGAUCAGGGUUUUCAGAGGUUGGCUGAGCUCAUCAAAGAAGCCUUAUGAUUUUACCAAACGGAAAGUCCUAGAUAAGCUAAAGAAUCUACGGUAGAAACUCCGGCCUUUUCAAACACAUUGGGGUUUCCCAACUGUCCACAGCAGGGAGAGCCUUUGUGGGGGACCUUCAGAUGUUGUUCGACUAUAACUCCCAUCAGCUCCAGUCACCAAUAGCCCAUUGGUUGAUGGGAGUUGUAGGGCAACAUCUGGCGGGCAUCCCAUUGGCUACCUGUGGUCUGCAGAGUAUGCUAUGACAUAAAAUGCACACCUUUCCCCUCAUGGGGGUGCUGCUGUUUUCAGGCUGUCCACAGCAGAUAAUAAGGUGCUCACCUGAUCUCCAUCCAAUGGAGUCGCUGCAGCAUGAGAGCGGGAGGUGUGCAAUGGCAAGGUUGGUGCAGUGUAAAUUUUCCAGUGGAGCCAAUUCACCAUGCCAACCUGGCCACUGUCACGCAAACCUCCCUCUCUUAAUCCCAUUGUGCUGCAGUGACUCAGACAGACAGGACAGGGGAGCAGCGCACCUACAGCACCCCGUCUGCUGCUAGGGGCUCUUUAUUGACAUCUUGGAAUGCUGGUUAUUCAGGAAGAUCUAAAUUAAGCGUUGCAGAAGUGUUGCCCUCAAUGAGUCUUGUCCAUUUUGCUAGAUUGAAAUAGUUUAUAAAAUAAUGCCCCAUUUUGUGUAUCAACAUGUUUUCUCCAAAUUUUAAUGAGAAAUUACCUUUAAACCACAAUAGCCCAAAACUUCAGUAGAGGUGCCCUGUUUCUUCUCCAUCUCUCAAUCCACUGACAAACAAAAGAGUCUGAGAGUAAUAAGGAGAGAAGUAGCAGGAGCUGCUAAGAAGCGUGACUGCAGCCACCAUUUCAUGGCAUCAGCCCAGAAUUUACAUUCAACUGAUCAAAUACUGUACCCAUUUCCAAAUAAAUAGCUGCACUCUCCAUACAGAAUGGCAAACCCGAUAUCUAUCUUGAGGAAAGCAAGCAGAUUGAACUCUUGGCAUUGAAUCCCUGGAAUCCAAAUGGGAAUGGCAAAAGUAAGUUGGGCCAAGGACUUACUUAUGAGUAAA